UUUUUAGAAUCGUACAACGCAGCAGACCAGUUUAGUCAGAUUUUAAAAUUGAAGGAAAGCACAACGUUCCAACGGAUUUUCAACUGAGGUGGCAAAGAAACAAAAAUAAAGUUUACUUACAAUUUUUUUUUUUUUUAUUUCGCAAAAAAUUGAGUGUGAAAAUGAAGAAGCAAAUCUUUUACAGCUUAGCCAUAAUUUUAUGCGUGCAAUACAUACAAGCGAUGGUCAUAGAAAGCAGUGACAAUGGUGAGCAGCUGCUGCAUUUCGGUUUCAAAACGGAGAAUGGUCAAUCGCGUACAGAGGAUAUAACAUACAAUAACACAAUACAUGAGGUUAAUACUGAAAAGGCUGAUGACAAUGAGCUGAAUGCAGUGACAACUGCGAAACCUGCGAAACCUGUGGAGUAUCGUGGUGGCUAUAGUUUCAUCUCUGCCGAUGGCUAUGAGUACACUGUACUCUAUAAGGCUAACAAGAAUGGCUUUCAACCCUAUGUAACGGCGCGUAAAAUUCGAGAUGACAAAAUUUAAGUAAAAUAUUGCAGGAAAAUAUAAAAUGCUUAUAAAAUUAAUGGUAUUGUAUUUAUAUU